UAUACUUCUCCUUGUUUACAGCCAUAAGCAUGGCUUAAUUGUUCAAGUAUUCCUCUCAUUACGUGAAAAUAUACAAACUUCAUUCACCGACAAUAAGGAAAUCAAACCGGUUUUUAAACCUAUAUGGCAUUAGCAAAUUCUGUAUACAAUUCGGACACUUACAUAUAAUACUUGCAUAUUGCAUAUACCUAUAUACAAUUUUGUGUAUGAAAAUAAUGCUACAGUUUCGCUAGACUAAACAACUACAGACGAUGGACUGUUUCCGUUCUGAGGAUGAGUUUAACACGUAAAGAUUAUUUUUUCAACGUGAAGUUACGUGAGUUUGAAAGGUGGCUAAAUUUAAAUUUUUAAUAACUGCAAAUAAAAAUUGCAUAUAAAAAUUAUUUAGGAUAUUUGCAUAUUAUCCUAAUGUACUUAUGCAAUUGCAUCCGUUCUACAAGUAACAAAUAAACCCAUUGUCUGUGAAGACAGUUCUAUACCCAAAUGAAUAAAAUCGUCCCGAAUUAUUUCAACCAAUCAAUUAUCACAAGUUACAAGUAAUUUUAUCCGUAUCUACGUGCACAAGUGCUUCAUAUGCCACUAGAAACAAUGGGGGAGGAGAUAAACAACGGAAUUUGGGGGACUCCCUUCUUCCGUAUGUUAAAAUGGAUUCCAGCCAUAGCAAUUAUCGUGGUGAUGUUGUGGGGCUACUAUGUCUUUGUCGUUCUCAUUUGUUUACUUCAAAUGGACAACUUGUGGGGAAAGAUUUUUACACUUGUCAUGUACCACUUGUCAUUUAUUUUCUUCUUCUGGUCAUACUUUAAAACUAUGAUAACUUCCUGCAAACCUGUUCCUCGUCAAUUCAAAAUUCCUCCAGACAUAGUACAAAAAAUCAAGUCUACACAGAAUGAAACAGAGAUUUCAGAGAUUCUAACCAAUUUUACCCAUAGUCGGGAAUUGACAUUAGAAACAAGGUCAAUUAAAAAUCAGAUCCGUUUCUGCCAAAUAUGUUGGAUUAUUAAACCCGAUCGAUGCCAUCAUUGCAACUUUUGUGGGCGUUGUUUUCUAAAAAGUGAUCAUCACUGUCCCUGGGUGAACAACUGCAUAGCCUUUGACAAUUACAAAUUUUUCGUUCUGUUUGUCAACUAUGCUUUCACGUACUGUUUCCAACUCACAUUUUUAUUGUUACCGUACUGCAUUCAGGCGUGGAACGAAGAUAUCCACACUGUCAGCCAAUACAAUAUAAUUGCUGCUUUCUUUGUCGUUGCAGGAUGGCUGAUUCUGGUGAUACCCUUAUUUGCCGUGCAUUUAUACCUCGUUCCCAUGAACCGAACCACCUUCGAGCUUCUCCACCCUCCAAUAUUUCCCCAUGGUCCAGACAAGAAAGGAUUUUAUCUUGGAAUCUGUAACAAUUUGGCUCAAGUUUUUGGGCGUGAUAGAAGAAAGUGGGCCUUCCCCGUAUCGUCCAGUGUGGGAGAUGGAAUUACCUUUCAGACCAGGCAGUCAAGACGUACAAAUGAAGAGUGCAGUCCAAUCUCGUGCAAUAUUGAGCACGAUAAUGGGCACGCCACAUCUGACGGAAUGGUGAAAGAAAAUUCGAUAGUUUAACAGGAAUGGGAUGAAAUGUGAAUGAGAUAUGUGGUCAAACUACUUAAAAUACAUACACAUAUAACCGUGCAUAAAUUUCUUGAAAACUUAAAUAUGUACGUAAGUGUUCUAUUUACUUCAUAUACAAACUGCACAUGUUGAUAUUUAAGUAUGUACAUGCAUGUGUGCUUCUGAUACAAAAUGCUCAAAUGUUGGUGCAAAACUGGAAACCAGUUUUAAUAAAUUGUUAUAUUUUUUACGUCCAAUUUCCAUAAUAAGACAAGGUGGUCUAUUUUCUGAUAUGGUGCUGUUGAGUGAUGAGAAUCCUACAUUAUCCCUCCGUGGGAAUUUUCCAAACAAACAAUUUUAUACGCAUUGCAUAUUAAUUUAAAUAAAGCGAACUUUUGAAAAUGA